AGGGCAGGACCAAUAUUGAUGCCGGCGCCAACAAUUCCCAUGUAUUUACCCCUCUCGGCACUGACUGCAACGUCCGCAAUCACAGCAAAGCUAAGAGCUACUGUCCCACUGCUGCCUGCACUCUGAACCAUCCUCAAGACCAGAAGCGCGGCAAAGUUCUUCUGCAGAGCUAGGCCGAGGUUGGCAAAGAUGUAGAUGACGAAGCAUAUCAAAAAGGCCGGUCUUCUGCCAGCGGCAUCUGCUAGGUCGCCAACAAGGGUGGGGGCGAUGGCUUGAAAGAUCAUGUAGGUGGUCAGGGUAAGAUUGAUCAUACUGACCGAGACGUCAAGAUCCCGAGCUAUAGGCACCAGAGCCGGAAAGUAUAUAUUUGCUGUCAUUCUUUCUCGGAGGUUAGCUAAGCAAGCACUUGUAUCGGAUUUCUCACCAACUCGGAGGCAGUGUGGUGGUGACUUACGGUGAGACGAAGCUGGAGAAAGCGAUCAUGGUCACGAUCCAUCGUUUCGUACUUUUGGAGAAGACACUAUAAGCUGGACCGCUGGGUACUUGAGCCAAUGCUUCUGGAUCUGAGUCAGAUGUGGUGUCGUUGAUGUUGCUCGAGCUGUUGUCUGCUGGCCGGCCAUUACCGGCAUCUUCGGCAUCGUAUUUUUGACUCUCUUGUUGGAGCGGCGGAUCUUGAUGAGGAUCCAUCAUGCUCGUUAGGGUCAGGUCUCACGGGGGUAAUCAAGUAAUGAAUCACGCUCCACCGCUGCCUUCACUACCUACUCAACGCGAUCAGCCGGCCUUGCAGGACGGCGGCAAACCAGAAGAGGUUAAACGGUGCCUGCGCACAAUCGGUCGCCUUGCAGGAGAUAGUCCCUGGGCCCAAACUUUUGUCGGAUAAGGGCGUGGAAGAAGGAAGGCCUUGUUAUUCCCGAAGCUUGGUAAUGGCAAAGAUGGUAACAAAGAUGAGCCUCGAAUGAGGAAAACUUUCAUCAAGUUGGAAGGAUGUGCCUCGAGCCGUGGGUACUCCGCCGGCCCCGGCACCGAAGACCGCCACCCAGGAAAGUCGUAUACCCAUCACUGUCGUCAUUGAGAUCUCAUUGGGGACCAUAUGACCACAAACAAUGGAAAAGCGGUCACGUUCAAGCAAGUAAGUUAAUGUGAUUGUGGACUCGGGCACUACCGAAAACCGGAAUGGAGGAUGGGCCUGUAUCUCAAGGUAGUGGUACCUCAACGGGAGCUGAAGAACGCCAUGACCAGCCGAAUGAGGUCCGAAAAUCCGGGGUGAAGCCGAAUAGUGGGUCAGCAGGCUCGGUUCUUGGCAAGGUUUCGCCCGCCGAGACAGCCAGCAAGCCACAAAGCUUGGGCCAGCCCCGUCAUCUCCCAAACCGCCAAAGCCACGUCAAGCAGUUGCCGGCGAUAGCAACAACCCAAACUUUCGUUCACAUGGCCGACCUUACCACAGCGUUCAACGCCCUUUUGAAGGGCCGAGAGGCUCCUCCAACCAAGCCUUUUAAUCUGGAUACGGCCGACGAGUUCCUAAAAGAAGCCCACAGGAUAAACACCCUUAUUGCCCGUCUCCAUUCCGAACUGCGCAACCUGAGACAGGCCUAUCUUUCCACCGCCGCCCCGCGCAAGACUCACCUCCGCAAUGCCUCCUCCCAGCCUAUAUUCCUCACCGACCGCGACAGAGAAGAGAUUGACGCCAACGCCAAGAUGACGAUUCGAGAUCUCAAUGCUCGCAUCCGCGCGCUCGAGGACGCCGAGAAAUUGCGCCAGAGCACGGCGGCAGCGCUUUUAAAGAAACGGUUCUCCCACGGACUCGGCGCUUUGGGUUCUUGGGCAGCUGGUGGAGCUAUGUUGGGCAAGAGCAAGGAGCAGGAGAUGGCAGAGGCUGCGGCGCAUCAGCUGGAAGCCCACAGAGACAGUAUCAUCUGGUAUCUCUCGACACGCUUACGGGAAACCAUUCGGACACAGCAGCGCAUGAUGGAGACUCGCUUGGCCAGGGAGCUUGAAAAGAACAGGAGUGUGCUAGCCAGGGCCAAAGGCUCUGUGUUGCUGGCCUCUGGAGGGGGCUACACUGCCGAACCAGUUACAGCAGGGGCAAGGCCGAAUGUGCAUAAUGCCAGUCUAGCUGCUGAAGAGGAGCAAAGGCCAAAGCCACGCCUUGAUAACGACCUUACCGAGGAUCAGAUUCAGAUGUUCGAAAAGGGGAACCAAGAUAUGCUUAAGCAUUAUGAAAGCACACUGGAUAAAGUCAGAACUGCAGAAAAGUCACUCAUCGAGAUUGCCGAGUUGCAGAACUUACUAGUUGGCAAUCUCACUGCUCAGUCGGCUCAUAUCGACCAAUUGGUGGCCGAGUCGUUUGACACGACGGAAGGUAUUGGGAAAGGCAACAAAGAGCUCAAGAAGAGCACCUCGAGGAGUAGCCCUGCUCGAUACACUUUCUUUGCUGCCGCAGGGCUAUGUACCGCGCUUGUUCUUUGGGACUUGAUAAUUUAGCCAAAUAGUGGUGUGACUCCUGUCCAGCACACUUCUGUCCAGCACACUUCUAUCCGCAA